CGUGCGCCGCCGCUGUGCAUCUCUCCAGAGGUGUUUAAAGAGCGGAGCGGAAACAGCAUCUCCAUGAGGAUUUUAAACAUCGCCUUCAGGAUAUUCCGAAGAGACCUCCACUCUGUCGGGAUAAUUGGAGCACCUUUUUCUAAAGGACAGCCCAGGGAUGGUGUCCAGCUGGGACCAGAUGUGAUUCGGGAAGCUGGACUGGUGAAGAAACUUGAAAGCCAAGGUUGUAUGGUAAAGGAUUAUGGUAAUUUAAUAUUUGAAGAGGUGUCCAACGAUGAACCCAUUGGGAGGACAAAGCAACCCCGGGCAGUUGGUCUUGCCAACAAACAGCUUGCUGCUGCUGUGCAGAGAGUUAAAAAUGAUGGCCACACCUGCGUGAUGCUUGGAGGAGAUCACAGUUUAGCAAUUGGUUCAAUCCAUGGUCAUGCAGUCUGCAGACCUGAGCUGAGUGUAGUGUGGGUUGAUGCCCAUGCUGACAUCAACACACCUCUAACCAGUCCAACAGGAAACAUCCACGGGCAGCCCUUGUCCUACCUCAUCCAUGAGCUGUGCACUAAGAUUCCUGUCAUGCCAAACUUCUCAUGGAUCACACCUUGCAUAGCAGCAAAAGAUGUAGUGUACAUUGGACUCCGAGAUGUAGAUCCAGAAGAACAUCACAUCCUGAAACACCUGGGUAUUAAGAGUUUCUCUAUGACAGAGGUAGAUAGUCUUGGAAUUGCCAGCGUUAUGGAACAGAUAUGUGAUCACAUGUUUUCAAAGAUAAAAAAACCCAUCCACCUGAGUUAUGACAUUGACGCUCUGGACCCCUCAGUGGCACCAGCCACAGGGACCCCCGUGAUAGGAGGCCUGACAUACAGAGAAGGCAUCUACAUUACUGAAUAUCUGCGUCAAACAGGGCUCUUGUCUGCUAUUGAUGUCGUAGAGGUGAACCCAAAGCAAGCCAAAAGAAAAGAAGAGGCUCACUUCACAGCCAACGUGGCUGUGGAUCUCAUAUUAAGCUGUUUUGGACGAGCGCGUGAAGGAUCACACCCACCAAUUACAAAAUCCCAGACCCAUAAGUGCAAAAUCACCAUAUUCAGAUUUCUUCCUGGAAACCUGCUCAAUUCAUACAGAACACAAACUUGACACAGUGUCAGCAGAGAAGCCUCCACCACCACUAAGUUUAAUCUGUCUUGUGACAAUUUUUUUAAUGCCUGAAACACCCCUAAAAUAUACUUUAAACAGGAGGCACGCUAUUGAAGAAAAGCUAUUUCAGACAUCUGGCUUUGUUGUGACCUUGACCCUGUUUGGUUCAAUUAAAAGAAUGCCAUCAAUUCAACUAUAAAACCUACAAACCUUCAAUGACGACUCUUUGAGACAGUGCUAAAAAGAAUCUCGGAUAGACAGACAGAUCACCGAGAAUCCUAGAAGCAUAACAAUAUGAAAUAAUCAUUUUUAUUACUUGUUUUUAUUCAAUUACCCAUAUGAGUGUGUGUAUUUCUUUUGUGGUGUUUCACUGGUGAUAGACCUGGUGCAAAACUAACAGAAUAAAAGCAUAUAAACAAA